UUAUUUUUAAUGAUUAAUCACAUUUAUUUCAAAAAAAGAAGUAAAAAGACAAUACAUUAUUGUUUUUCCUGUCAUUAUCCACACUUUACGCUUUACGGUUUUUAUAAAUAGAACUUUCCCUAACAAAUUUUAUGGCAACUUAUUUGUUUUCUAAGAACAUCAGUAAUAAUCAUUUUAUCAUAAACAAAUCAAAUAAUUUUAUUUAAAAUCAAAACAUUAAAAGUUUUUUUUUCGCACAAUCCCGUAGAAAAGCCUUCAGGUGUAAAAAGUAGGUUUACUCUUCUUGUCUUUUCCACGCUUUCCGACGCUCUGUUACGUAUACGACGAUUAAAAUUACGCGUCCGGGUCGUUUACGUUUAAAUCUCCACUAAAAACUUUUAAGAAAACAAAAAUACUUUUACUUUCACUAAAAGAAGUAAUUUGCAACUUCGUUAAACUUGGAAUUAAUUGGAAUCCUAUUUGAAUUGGAAAAUUUGGUUAUGAAUGAGUUGUUUUGAAGUAUUUCUAGAAAUUUUUGAAAGUAUUAAGUACUCAAAAACCGUACUUGAAAGAAAAAACGGUAGAAAAUUUGUUCUUUUUAUAAUUUCACAUUGCUUGGGUUGUGUAAUGUCUUCGAGAUUCCGCUAGGACAUAAAAUCAGUUUGACUAACGCACCAUGACAGAACCUUAAUUUCAAAGAGACAUAUUUUUUGAAAACGAAGUUAAUUAAAAAAAUCUAUCCAUUGUUCUUAAACUUCUGAUUACGAGAAUCUUCCUUUCAACAAUCGGUUUGGUCAUCAACAAUAGCUUACAACACACAAAACGCAUCCGUUGCAUUGUGACAAAAAUUGGCCCAGUUCAUUUCUCAAUUCGUUUCUAACAAGAAACACGAAAACUUAUUAGUUCCGUCAACAAUAACAUCGUUUUUUCAAACGAAAAAAUAAUACAAUUUACAAUCACGAUUUCUUCAUUUUUUUCCUUUUUACAUAGAGAAAUCUUUAGAAUCAUCUUUCCCCCCUUUAAAAUACUUUAUACACAAACAUUUUGCAUUAGUAUAUUAUUCCUCUCUUCAGUGAAAUUCGGUUUUUCGAAACGGUCAGUUGCCCCAAUAGAAAAUAAAUUAGUACCUAGUUGAUUAGAAUCGUUUAUUCAAUUUUGUUAACAAUAGUAUUGCAUUUCAAUACUUUUAGGUGUGGAUGUAACAUUAACGGAAAUUACAAAAAGUACAUAAAGUACAUGUAAUAAUUACAAAAAACGAUUUUUGAAACGUUUAUUGGUGAUCAUGUUGUUGUGGAGAGAAGAUACUCAAGAAGUUUUAAAAUGAAGAAAUUUGUGGUGGUGUGGCUUUUAAUUUGCAUUAAGGGAAUUAUCUCGGAGUGUCCAUCUCAAGAAACGAUUUUACCAUGUAGAUGUCAAGAAAGAAUUAAUGAUUAUCAAAUUUGGUGUUCACAUAGUGAUUUGACAAGAGUCCUUUCGGCGUUUCCCUCAAUCAAUAAACAAAUAGAUCGUUCGAUAGAUGAAUUAAUCUUAGAGAAUAACAAUUUACCAGCACUUCCAGGAAAAACUUUUGCGAACUUAAAGGUUGUACGUUUAAUGCUACGUUAUAACCGAUUAGAACGUGUCUCAAAUUCUUGGUUAACCGGAUUAGAAGAUAGUUUGAUGGAACUUUACUUAGUUGAGCCGGAAUUAAAAAGUUUACCGGACGAUUGCCUUUCAAGAUUGGUUACUCUGGAAGCUGUGACGAUUCAAUCAAACAUGUUGAAAAGAUUACCCAGUUUUUCUUAUUUACCAAAUUUGAAUUAUUUGUUAUUGGAAUCCUCCAUGUUAAUGGAAUUAUCACCGAGAAAUUUUAAGCAAGUUAAUUCGUUAGAAAAAAUUUUAAUAUCUGGGAGUUUGUUGUUAAAUAAAUUGGAAGAAGAUGUGUUUCAAGAUAUACCAGCGUUAAAAGUUUUAAACAUUUCUUAUUGCGGGUUGUCUUUUAUCCACCCAAGAUCGAUUACAAGAUUACCAUCGUUAACUCAACUUUCUUUAAUUGGAAAUAAAUUAAAUGAUGCUCCAAUGAUUGGGAGAGCAAUUAGGGAUUUACCAAACUUACAAACAUUACAUUUAGAUUGGAAUAAUAUUGAAAAGUUAACUGAAGGAACAUUUAUUGAUUUGCCAUCGCUAAAUUUAUUAUCAAUUUCGAAUAAUCGUAUUAAAGAAAUUAAUCGAGGUGUUUUUCACCGAUUACCUAUGUUAAAAACGAUUAAUCUUAAUUAUAAUAAUAUAAAGAAUAUUCAUCCGGAGAGUGUUUUAGCUUCAAAUAGGAUUCGAGAUCUUUGGUUGAGUUAUAACGAAAUAACGUUAAAUGGAUUGGAAAUUCGCGAGAUUUUUGAGGCUUUCCCCAAUUUAGCCUUUUUAGAUUUGAGUUAUAACCAGAUUAAAUCAAUUCCUGGGGGGGCAAUUCGGGGCCACUUAAAUUUAGAGCGAUUAAAUUUAAAUUACAACUUAAUUAAUGAGAUUCAUCAACUUGCAUUUGUUGAUUUACCCGUUUUGAGGGAGUUAAGUUUAAAAAAUAAUUCCUUAUCGGAUAGUUUUUAUGAAAAUGUUUAUCCGUAUUGGGAUUUGCCAAAUUUAAAAGGAUUAGAUUUAUCUGGAAAUUAUUUUAAUGUAAUUGAUGGGUGGUUUUUGAGGAAUUUACCUUCGUUAAGAAGAAUCGAUUUGAGUUUAAACGGGAUUAAGUUUAUUAAUCCUCGGGCGUUUUCGAAUUCUCCUUUGUUGGAGUACGUCAAUGUUUCGCAUAAUAAAUUGGAGGAUUUGCGUGAUUUAAUUAAUGAUUUAGCUGGAUUGUACGAACUUGAUGUGGGGUAUAAUAAAUUGAAACAAUUUAUACCGUUUUUACCGAAUGGUUUGGAGUAUUUGCAUUUAAAAAAUAAUGAUAUUUCGAAUUUGCCGGAUAAAAAGAGCCAAAUUUUAGAGUUGCCUUAUUUGAAAUUGUUGGAUUUAUCCGGGAAUAAAAUAAAAUACAUCGAAGAAAAUGGAUUGAGGAAAUUAAUAGGGUUGAAAAAGUUGUUUUUAGGGAAUAAUUUAAUAAGAAAUGUAAAUAAUGCCGCUUUUGGUGGAUUGAUUAACUUGGAAAUUUUGGAUUUGCAACGAAACCAAUUAAAUCAAAUCCCACAAUAUUUAUUUUACGAAUUGGUUCAAUUGAAAGCGUUAAAUUUGAAACGAAAUAAGUUAAUUGAGGUCGAAAAAAACGUUUUUAACAAUAACGGGUACUUAAAAAUGAUUGAUUUGAGCGAAAAUCAAAUUAAACAACUUCCAAUUUUUGAAAAUAAUAAAAUCGAAACCAUAAACGCUUCAUUUAACCAAUUAACAACUUUACCUCAAAGUUUAAGUAAACUGGAAUCGUUAAAAAACUUAGAUUUAACCAACAAUAAAAUAAAGGAGUUGAUUAAUUUAUCAAGCUUAAAAUCACUCGUUGAAUUAAAAGUAUCAAACAAUAAAAUUCAAAAUAUUAAAUCAUCGACGUUUGAGGAUUUGGAAAACAUAAAAAUUAUUUAUUUAAACAACAACGAAAUCGUCCAAAUCGAAACGAAUUCGUUUAAUUCACUUCCCGCUUUAAAACACGUUAAAUUAAACGAUAACAAAUUAAGUUAUCUCCCUAAUUUUGCCUUCAACAAUCUCGGGAAUCUCCAAAUUUUAGAGCUACAAAAAAAUUUAAUCGAAAAAAUCUCCAAAAACGCUUUCCACCAAAUCCCCCACAUAUUAAUGUUAAAUUUAAGCAAUAACUUAAUUUUUGAAAUGAACCAAGCCGGGUUGGGCACAUUAAAAAGUCUCGAAAUGUUAGAUUUGAGUUAUAAUCGCCUGGUGGAGGUUGAAACAGAAAAUUUAGACAACAUGGAGUGGUUGGUUGAGUUAAAAAUUGAUAAUAACGCAAUUUGUGGUGUAAAAGGGAUUAGUUUUAAUAAAAUGCCCAGAUUAAGAGUGUUAAGUUUAAGAAAUAACAAAAUGAUGUCAUUCCCUGAACGAGCUGUAAAUAAAUUGAGGGGGAAUUUAGCUAUUUUGGAUAUUGACGGAAAUCCUUUAGCUUGUACUUGUAGUCUUUUAUGGUUAAGGGCUUGGUUGAAGGAGUCAUUAACGAAAGGGCCAAGAUGUAUCGAUGGAAAUUUAUUGAUUGAUUCAAGAUUAUCACGAGAUGAUUGCCUCCAAGAAUCGCGCCUUUUAGAUCCUGUAGCCGAAGGAUGCGAAAGCGAAUUGUUAUCUUUACCGAAUCCUUAUGAUGGGACUAAUUUGUAUACCCCAUGGAUGAAAUCGAAUAAUUCUGAAAAAAUUAACACAAAGAAUCAAAUUAAUCCGGAAGAUUCCGAUUAUUUUUAUGACGAAUACAUCGAUUACCAUCUUAACGAGACUUUAAACGACGUCAAAAAUCUCCCAAUCGAGCACAAAUCUUCAACUGAAAAAAUUAAUUUGGGGAACACCCCCACUAUUUACGCAGCAAUAAAUAAAAAUCAAAAUCACACGAAAAAUAUACCAAAAGAAAUCGUUGGGUCACCGAGUUCGAGUGGAUUUACAUUUUUUGGGCUCCCACUCCCCACGAUUAAUUUAAACAACAUUUUUAAUAAUAGAAAUUCAAAUAAAAAGACUUUAGAAACAAAGCCGUUAAAAGUAAUGGAAACUCCUCCGCAAGCUGAACGAAAAAUAUCGAUUUUAAAUAAGCCUUCACGCGAAGAUUCAAGUAGAAAAAUGUUUCCGAUUUUAUCCAAACCGGAAAUCCAAUCUGGAUUUAUUCCGUUAUUACCCGAAAGUGGAGGAUUUAAACCAAUUCCUAACCCGAAUUUAAAAGGAUCCGAAAUACAAAUUGAAAAGGCCGAAAUAAAUGUAACUAAAUUUGAUCAAUCUCAAACUGAAAGUUAUCUUUUUACAAAAAAUUUUCACCCUAUACCAACGCCGAGUAAUCAAAUAAUUCCUGCAACGACGGAAAUUCCAAAUAAAAUCAAAACGAAUAUUUUCGUUGAACCCAAAAACGAAUCAACCACAAAUAAAUCGAAAUUAAAACCGGUUGAAAUCGAACAAAUCAAAAAUAUUUCCGAAUUUCUCUCAACGACAACUUCGCUUCCCGUUAAAUUAGAAAAUACUACUUAUCCCGAUUUGGAGACGAGCGGGGAUAAUAAAAGUUUUGAGGAUAUUUUUAAAGAUGUUGUUGAAAACGUUUCUUUUCCGUCAAUAAUUAAUUUGUCAACGAUAAAUUUUAACCAAGUCGCAACAUCAACUACACCGAUUCCUAAUUUUGUGUCUAAAUUGCAUGAUGAAAAAGUUGAGAAAAAAUUGAUUGUACAAAAACCGGCUUUAUUAAUUCCCGGGGGAUUUCAACCGCCUUAUAAGCCGUCGGGAAAGUCAAAAAUUACUAAAGUUACGUCACCGUUUUCUACGAAACCACCGCCGAAAUUACAGGAAAAAGAAACCGCCGAAAAUGAUUAUGAUCUAAUCACUACUGAUAUCAUGGAAAUUGAUAAAAGUUGGUAUUUUGCUAGUUAUAAUGAAAAGAAGCAAGCGUCUAAUUAUAAUUAUUAUGGACAAAAUUGUUCGGGGAGAAAAGAAAUUGUUAGUAGGUAUAUGUUCUUAAUUGUAUUUGUAAAAUUAUUUUUAUAA